AUGCCUUCCACACACAACAAGGAGAAGUCAUGGGACACAGAUGAUAUUGACAAGUGGAAAAUCGAAGAAUUCAAACCCGAACACAAUGCCGCCGGAAGCUUCGCCGAGGAAUCUUCCUUCAUGACCCUCUUCCCCAAAUACCGCGAACAAUACCUGAAGGAAGCAUGGCCGGUCAUCACCCGCGCCCUGGAGAAGCAGGGAAUCGCCUGCACACUGGAUUUGGUCGAGGGAAGCAUGACAGUGAAGACAACACGAAAGACCUACGACCCAGCGGCGAUCAUGAAAGCCCGCGAUCUGAUCAAGCUGCUCGCGCGUAGCGUGCCAGUCACACAAGCGAUGAAGAUCCUCGAAGACGGCACAGCCUGCGACGUGAUCAAGAUCCGCAACCAGGUCCGCAACAAAGAGCGCUUCGUCAAGCGUCGCCAGCGUAUCCUCGGUCCAAACGGCUCAACCCUCAAGGCACUGGAACUUCUCACCAGCACAUACAUCCUCGUGCAGGGAAACACUGUUGCGGUCAUGGGUCCGUACAAGGGGCUGAAGGAGGUGCGACGGAUCAUCGACGACUGCAUGGCGAAUAUCCACCCGAUCUACCAUAUCAAGGAGCUGAUGAUUAAGCGCGAGUUGGCGAAGGACCCGACGCUGGCGGAAGAGUCCUGGGACCGAUUCCUGCCUAACUUCAAGAAGCGCACGCUGUCCAAGCGUCACGUUCCCUUCCAGGUUACCGACAAGAGCAAGAAGGUUUACACGCCCUUCCCACCUGCGCCGGAGAAGAGCAAGGUCGACUUGCAGAUCGAGUCUGGCGAGUACUUCCUUUCGAAGGAGGCGAAGGAGCGGGCUCAGAAGGAGGAGGUUGUCGAGAGGCAGCGGGUCAAGCGGGAGGAGAAGAUGCGCGAGCGCGAGAAGGAUUUCAUUGCGCCUGAGGAGGUUGCGCCUGUGGACCUGGACGAGAAGAAGAGGAAGAAGGAGAAGAAGGAGAAGAGCAAGCGGAAGCGCGAGGCUGAUGGCGAGGCCGAUGUCGACGAUGCUGCCGAGCGCAAGGAGAAGAAGAAAAAGAAGAAGAGCAAGUCCAAGGACGCAUCUUCCGAUGCGGAAUGA